AACAUUACAAAAACUACGUAUCCCAUCAUCCAUUGCGAACCCCGGAAGUUCGCAAUCCUUUUCCUGACCAAUCACAUGGGUUGCCCGUCACACUGAAGCGCAGUUUUGCGGGAACUUUGGAGACAGAGCUGUAACAAUCUACCGGUCACCCGCGAAAAGCCAUUCAGUGAAAUGCCACCCAAGGCCAAAGCAAAUGGAGAGAAAAAAACAAGAGCUCCACCUAAAAGGAAACUGGCUGAAGAUUUCCCACCUGGAGAAGUCCUGACAGAUAAUGCAAAGAAAAGAUGGAAGCUCGGGACGGCUGUUGGGAAAGGAGGUUUUGGCCUGCUGUAUCUCGCUAAUGAGGAUUCGUCUGGAUCUGUUGGAGCUGAUGCACCUUAUGUCAUUAAAGUGGAGCCAAGUGACAACGGUCCUCUGUUCUCUGAACUGAAGUUCUACAUGCGUGCUGCCAAGCCUGAUCUAAUUGUGGCUUGGAUGAAGUCAAGGAAAAUGGACUAUUUGGGAGUACCAAAAUAUUGGGGCUCUGGUUUUCAUGAGAAAGGUGGUAAGAGAUACAGAUUUAUGGUCAUGGAUCGAUUCGGAACUGAUCUACAAAAGAAGUUUGAGGGAAAUGGGAAGAAAUUUCCACGCAAACUGGUUCUUCAGCUGGGCCUCAGACUUCUUGAUAUUCUAGAGUACAUCCACGAACAUGAAUAUGUGCAUGCGGACGUCAAAGCCUCCAACCUCCUCCUGUCCUACACCAACCCCAAUCAGGUAUAUUUAGUAGAUUAUGGAUUGGCCUAUAGAUACUCGCCUGAAGGAGUGCUGAAAGAGUACAAAGAAGACCCAAAGAGAUGUCAUGACGGGACCAUUGAGUUUACUAGUAUCGAUGCUCACAAAGGAGUCUCCCCUUCAAGGAGAGCAGACCUUGAAAUCAUGGGCUACUGCAUGAUCCAGUGGCUUUGUGGCCGUCUACCAUGGGAGGACAAACUUCAGGACCCUGUUUAUGUCAGAGACUCUAAACUAAGGUGUAGAGACAAUAUCGAUGAGUUUGUGAAAAGCUGUUUCCCAGAAGAUAAACCAGUGGAACUGGCAAAGUUCAUGCAAGAGGUCAAGUCUAUUGGAUACAGUGACAAGCCCGAUUACGCAAAGUUUCGAGCUAUUUUGCAGCAAGGACUGAAGAGCAUAGGUGCGUCUGAUGACAAAAAGCUGGACUUCACACUGGCGGCCAAAGGCACAGGCCCUGCUCCUGUCAAGACUCCAAAGAGAAAGAAAGCAGAAGACAAAGAGCCAUCUAAUGAUGAAACUGAUGAAAGCCCUGUGAAGAAAAGACGAGCUCCUCCGAAAAAGGAAUCGAAUGCGGCGAAGAAGCCGGCGAGAACCGCAAAGCCACGUCCAACUAAAGAAAAAUCAGAGGCGACUUCUGAGCCUGUGGCAAAGAAAAGCAGAGGAAGGCCAAAGAAAAACUCUUAAUCCCCUUUCGAAAUCUAGUUGAAGUUUUUGUAUCUUUUUAAAUUUUAUGCUUUGUAUUUGUCCUUUAUGUUUGCAUUUUUCUUAAACUUUAACAGGAUGUUGGGCACACUUUCUUACAGUGAAAUAAUAAUAAAUAAGAAAAAAAUACUACCGUG